AUGUUGUUAGCUACUACCAAUAGUAAACGCCUCUGUGUUCCUCCGCCCCCACCUCCGCCUCCGCCUCUACCUCCUUCUCUGUCUGCUGCUCAAAACCAUGAAACGACAGUCAUCCUCGACACGGACCUGACCACCAUCGUUGAUAUGGCAAACGCAAAAAACAUCGCUCCAGAUAAGAUCGACACAUCAAUAUGGCACCUGCAAGACUCCGACAGGAUACUCAAGACAGGGCCUAACGUAAAAGUCUCGGAAGCGGAUGCGCUGCGCUUCCUUGCCUCACCAACACAAAUUUCCGUACCAGAGGUUUUCGGUGCUUAUGAAAGACAAGGCCAGGGCUACAUUUUCAUGUCCAGAAUCCAGGGACUACCACUUUAUGACGUCUUGCACAUAUUAGACGAACGUCAAACAGAGUCAGUAGUCCAACAGUUGAGCAAGUUCGUCAACAUGUGGAGUGAGCUCCAGGGAGAUUUCUACGGAUCUAUAGGGUAUCAGCCUUGCCGUGACGUGUUCUUCCAACACGUACCUGCCAUAGGGAAGCCGACGCGAGAAUACGGCCCGUACAGAUCCCGAGAAGAGUAUUGCAGUGGGCUGAUUGAAGCCCUUGGAAACUCCAGACCUGUCGGAGAAUGUAACGAGCACGAUGAGCAGCUCAUCAGCAGGAUCCGAGAACUCGGCAAUGGACCGGCUGUGUUCUGUCACGGUGAUCUGACCCCAGACAACAUCCUAGUGGACCAUCAACUCAAUGUCGUCGCAAUUAUUGAUUUGGGCGUUUCGGGCUUCAGUAUACCUGAACGGGAGUUCUUCGAGGCAAAAUCCCGGGCGAGAAACCCGGUGUGGUCGGCUAUGGUCGACCGCAUAAUACCUGAGAUCUCACACAAAUCUUAUAAGUUGCUCGCAGAUCUUGAGCGAGAGCUUGUACGUUAUAGUGGAAUUUGA